ACCCCGCCCCGUUCAACUCAGUCCACUGCGUUCAUUUCAUUCCUGCUCCCAUUCCGCGCAUAUUUCGCAUCCUUGGAGAGAGCCGGCGCAUUUUACGCACUCAGCGCGCCCGAUCCUCCGUCAAAGCGAAACCCAGUGGACGCUCGCGAGUUGCCGGGGAACCUUCCACAUGCUGCCGAUGCACCCGUGUGCGCAAAAGUGGGGGAAUUUGGCGAUAAAGCGACAAAUGAAUCGAGAUUUUUCAAGUUACGAAACUACUUCCAGAAACAAUUAAUUUCGCUUCCUGACACCUUCCAUGGGAUUUUGACCAACUUUUUUCUUUUCUAUGGUGUGGCCACAAAAUUUGGGGGAAUAUUUUGGAUUUUAACCAUUUUGCCGCUACCCUUUCAAAACAAACCAGCUUGCUGCCUGGUGCACUGACCAUACCCCGGCUAGUCAAUCCAAGCUGCCCAGAAUGGAACGUAGCAGUUGGAGUGGCAGUGAGAGUCCCGGGGAUGACAUGGAUAGACUGAGUGACUCUGGGGGGGACAAGACAAUGGACGGGGAUCCUGAGGGCGUGUGGAGUCCUGACAUUGAGCAAAGCUUCCAGGAAGCUCUUGCUAUUUAUCCACCAUGCGGAAGAAGGAAGAUUAUACUGUCUGAUGAAGGAAAGAUGUAUGGUCGAAAUGAGCUCAUAGCUAGAUACAUCAAACUUCGCACAGGAAAAACGCGGACAAGAAAACAGGUUUCCAGUCAUAUACAGGUCUUAGCCAGAAGAAAGUCAAGGGAGUUCCAGUCCAAGAUAAAGGAUCAUAGUGCCAAGGAAAAAGCUCUACAGAGCAUCUCGUCCAUGUCCUCAUCUCAGAUCGUCUCAGCCACUGCCAUACACAGCAAGCUGCUGCCGGGAAUUGUUCGGGCAAAUUUUGCUGGCAACACUCAGCUGUGGCAGGGGAUGAUCCCCGGAGGACAGUCUAGUUCCGCCUCAGAAGACAUCAAGCCGUUUUCACAGCAAGCCUACUCCGUGCAGACUGCAGGGACCACCACAAUCACAGGUUAUGAGCGCCCAGCAGCCGAGUCUCACAGAGAGCCAGCGUGGCAGGGUCGCUCCAUUGGCACCACUAAACUAAGACUGGUCGAGUUCUCAUCGUUUUUGGAAACCCAACGAGACCAAGAAUCGUACAACAAGCACCUGUUUGUGCACAUCAAUCAAAGCAAUCCAACCUACAGUGACCCGCUGCUGGAGUGUGUGGACAUCAGGCAGAUCUAUGACAAGUUCCCAGAGAAGAAGGGUGGCCUUAAAGAGUUGUUUACCAAAGGCCCUCAAAAUGCUUUCUAUCUCAUCAAGUUUUGGGCUGACCUAAAUUACAAUGUACAAGAUGACCCAGCUGCCUUCUAUGGGGUCACUAGCCAGUAUGAGAGCUCAGAAAACAUGACGAUCACCUGCUCCACCAAGGUCUGCUCUUUUGGAAAGCAGGUCGUAGAGAAGGUUGAGACAGAGUACGCCAGGUUUGAGAACGGGCAUUUUGUCUACAGAAUCAGUCGCUCUCCUAUGUGUGAAUACAUGAUCAAUUUCAUCCACAAGCUCAAACAUCUGCCAGAGAAAUACAUGAUGAACAGCGUACUGGAAAACUUCACCAUACUGCUGGUAGUGAGCAACAGAGACACUCAGGAGACCUUGCUGUGCAUGGCGUGUGUGUUUGAGGUGUCAAACAACGAACAUGGAGCACAGCACCACAUCUAUCGUCUUAUUAAGGAAUAAUACAACUCUUCAGGCGUGCACACGCAUAGACACACACAGCCUUUUCUAGAUAUACGAAUGCGACAUUUGUGGUGAAAUGUCUGGAAGUUAAAACUACAAAAAGUGUCUUUAAAGCAGACCAUAUCAUGUUGAGAAGAACUAUAGUUGCUACAUUGUCAAAACUAUAGUGAGAAUCAUUUGAAUUCAUAUCAAAUGUCACAUCGCGUUUACUACCACUUCUUUUCUAUUUUGUGUUGCUUACAUACUUGAAAAGAAAACAAAAUCAAUUGUUGUUUGUGUGCGUGCGUCUCUGUGGUAAAGUUCAGACCCUGUGUAUGAUCAAUAUUUAUAGCAAGUUCAUGAAAUAACACUAUCACAUUGAUAUAUAUAUAUAUAUAUAGUUAAAUAUAGACAGAUGGUGUUGUACACAAAGCAAUGGUAAAUUGUGUGAGCUACAGUCUUGCACGAAGAAAUUGUCCCAAAGAAAAUAUUUUUUUCUUUAUCAUUUUCUGUUUAAAAAAAAAAAACACAGCAGCAAAACUUUGGGAAAUUAUUAUGGCUAUAUAAAAUAUGCAUAUACAUAUAUAUAGUAAUUCCAGGAAUACUAUCUAAAAUGUAUGUUAAUAAUAACUUAUAACUAAAACUAAGAAAUUCAGGUACAUUUUUGUGAAAUAUUGAUUUCAAUGUACUGACCAUGUGAAAUAUACAGUUACACACUACCGUUCAAAAGUUUGGGGUCACCCAGACAAUUUUGUGUUUUUCUUCAAAUGUCACACUUUUAUUUUUCAAAUGAGUUGCAAAAUGAAUAGAAAAUAUAGUCAGGACGUUGAUAAGGUUAGGAAUGAUGAUUUUUAUUUCAAAUAAUAAUUUUCUCCUUCAAACUUUGUUUUUAUCAAAGAAUGCGCCCUUUGCGACAAUUACAUUUUUGCAGACCUAUGGCAUCCUAGCUGUUAAUUUGUUGAUGUAAUCUAGAGAAACUUCACUUCACUCAUCCAGAAGAACCUCCCACAAGUUGGACUGGCUUGAUUAGGCACCUUUUUGCGUACCAUACGGUCAAGCUGCUCCCACAACAGCUCAGUGAGUUUGAGAUCUGUUGACUGUGUUGGCCACUUUUUUACAGAUAGAAUACUAGCUACUUGCUUCUUUCCUAAAUAGUUCUUGCAUAAUUUGGAGGUGUGCUUUAGGCCAUUGUCAUGUUGUAGGAUGAAAUUGACUCCAAUUGAGCGUUGUCCAAAGGAUAUGACAUGGCGUUGCAAAAUGGAGUAAUAACUUUCCUUUCCAGCUAAAAUAGUCAUUUACCACAUUAAUAAUGUAUAGAGUGUUUUUCUGAUUAUUAUAAUGUUAUUUUCAUUGGGGGAAAAAAACACCAAAAAGGAGGAAAUGUCUAAGUGACCCCAAACUUUUGAAUGGUAGUGUAUGUUUAAAAGUAAUGUUUGGAAAGCACUGUGAAUUUUAUAAACUGUGUAACACAGUUAACAAGAUGGGAGAACAAUUUAGAUUGUUUUAAGCAGAUGGUAAUAAAAGGUGUUCAGUUGAUUUACACAUGCUUAUUAGAGCUUUAACACAUGUGGACUAGCUUAAGUGUUUAAAGAGACUGAAUGUCUGGUAACAUUCAUUUCGAUCAUUACAGCUCACGUACCUGUUUCUUUUUAUUUCUUUUCAUUUGUUAGUUGUGAAAUAGGGCACAUUGAACACUUAAAGGCAGUACUUUUCUCGUAGUUUGUUAAAUUCCAUAAUACCUUUAUGAAAAAAACCAAAUGUUGUGCAUUGUAGCAGGUGAUGUUUACUUGUUGGUGAUGCUAAAUGGCAUAAAGUGCCUUUAUCUGGAAACUAAAGUGUCUUCUAUAUGUCACAAAAUUCCUUUGAGUGAGGUUUUCUGUCCGUGUUCAAAUUGUUGUUUAGAUAAUAAGGCUUUUCUUAUGACUCCAAUGUUUGAUUUAUGUUGGUUUAUGAUAUGUUUUUUAUUGUAGCAGGUUGAAAAUUAAAUCUCAAUGGGUCAUUUUGCAAAGCAGCAUCUGCUCCCACUAUAUACCUGUUUGAGUUUGUGUGGAGCUCUUGUUGAGAUUGACCAUUGCCUCAUUCAAAAAAAUGUUUGGUCUCAUGUUCUACAUUAAGAAAUUGUAUUUUGUGUGUUUUUGUCUGAUAAAUGCCCUUUAACCACUAUAUUAUUUUAUGGAGAUUCAACAGCACUGACUUUUUGCCCUGUCGUCACCAAAUCGUGCGCAUUCAUAAAUAUGUGACUAAAUGCUGGCAUUCUGUAAUGGGAAUUUAAAAUAAACUUGAAUAAUGUCAACAAAACUGGAACAAAAAAAGUACCUACAGUGGUAUGAAAAAGUAUCUGAACCUUUUGGAAUUUCUUACAUUUCUGCAAGAAAUCACCAUCAAACGUGAUCUAAUCUUUCGUCAAAAUCACACAGAUGAAAAAACAAUGUCUGCUUGAAGUAAAAACACCAAAACAUGUUUAGGUUUUCCUAUUUAAACGAGGAUAGUUUUCAAAUAAUGACAGAAGGGGGUAAAAUAAGUCAGUGAAUUUAAUAUUUUGUACCCCCCCUUUGGCAGCAAUAACUUCAACCAGACACUUCCUGUAGCUGCAGAUCAGUCUGGCACAUAGAUCAGGACUAAUCUUGGCUCUUUCUUCUCUGCAAAACUGCUGUAGUUCAGUCAGAUUCCUGGGAUGUCUGGCAUGUAUCGCUGCCUUUAGGUCAUACCAGCCUGUCUGUCUGACAGACGGCCUUAGGUUUUUCUUUGCAAAACGUCCUGAUAAACUUUUGAAUUCAUUCUUCCUUUAGUUGAUUGCAAAUUACUCAGGUCCUGAGGUAGAAAAACAGCCCCAAAUCGUGAUGCUCCCUCCACCAUGCUUUGCGGUGGGGAUGAAGUUUUGAUGUUGGUCAGCUGUUCCAUUUUUCCUUCACAGAUGACGUUGUGUGUCAGUCCACAAAAUAUUUUGCCAAAACUUGUGUGGAGUGUCCAAGUGCCUUUUUGCGAACAUCAAACGGCCAAAUUUUUUUUUUUUUUUUUUUUUUGUUAGACAACAGUGGCUUCCCAGCUUUAUACAAAUCAACAAUGCUUGAUUGCAGGUCUUCAGACAGCUCUUUUGACCGAGCCAUGAUGCACAUCAGUUAAUGCUUCUCAUCAUGACAUUUUUUACCAGGUGUGUGUCUCAUAGUGGGCAGGGCAGCUUUAAACCACUCAUCAGUGAUUCGGCACAGACCUGACUUAAAUUGUUUGAUAAAAAUUGGUUUCAAUUGCUCUUUAAGUCUCCUUAGGCAGAGGGCUCACUUACCUAUUUUUCCCCUUUCUGUCAUUGUUUGCAUGCUAUCCUCAUUAAAAUAUGAAAACCAAUAAAUGUUUGGGUGGUUUUGGUUAAAGCAGACACUGUUUUUACAUCUGUGUGAUUUUGACAAAGAUCAGAUCACAUUUGAUGAUUUUAUGCAGAUAUGUGAUAUGUGUGUUUAUGCAGAUGUGAGAAGUUCCAAAAGGUUCAGAUACUUUUCAUACCACUGUAACAUAACAAACGGCUGUAAAAUCAUGAGCUCAAUUGUUAUGUUAGUAUUGUGAUUGUUAUUGGCUCUGGCAUGAUUAAUAAUCCAUCCCAGAAUUAGUUAUUUAUACACUGCAAAUGUCAAAACACACUUUUGGACACUGUUUUCAUCUUGGUUGGCAGUCUGCUGCUGAUUGGGACCAACUAGAGAGAAAAUGUCCUCCCUUGUUUUUCUUUUUUUUUUUUUUGUCCUGCCUGUCCUGCUACUGUAGUGGUGAAUAUUUGAUGUAUUUCAAUGGCUUUCAAUGUCUACACCAAGCAGGGCUUUUACAACCAAGAAUCCUGCCCUAAUACGUCCGGAAAAAUAAUUACAUCUACACUAGCAUGUUUUUAGAAAAAAAAAGCUUCCACAGCCAACCGCAUUCAUCCGCUUUCAAGUACAUUCAUAGCAAUGCGUGAAAAAUUGUCCAUAAUACCCCCAUCCUUCGCAUGUGGUCUUCAAUAUGAAUCACUGCAAGAGUUUGUAAAUAAAUGGAAGCAAAAAGCCCGUCUAAUAAUUAGAUCUAAACCCACUGCGAAGGUAUUCAUGUUUACUCUAAAUGUAAACAUCGGUCUCAUGUGUGAGGUAGGUACAAAGUUUGUCACAGAAACGUUUCCACAGUUAAGUCUUAGAUUGUCAGUGUGCACAUGAUGGCGCUACAAACGCAGAAUUCGCACAGCUUCACUUUCGACUGAGUUUUUAAGAACCCUCGUUUUCUAUGCCCAAAUAUUCAUGUGCGUGUGGAUGAUAGGCCAAACAGUAAAAAAAAGUUUUUUUUGUUUUGUUUUUUUAAAAAUACCCUGCUAGGUGUAGACAUUGCCCAAGUUUGUGAAUGAUAUUUGUGUGUUGUUAGUGUUGUCUCUGGAGAUUUAGAACCUUACUGGCACAAAAGUCCUCUAACAAGUUCCCAAAUGGCCUUGAAUAUUUGUUUCCCAUUGUAUAAGUAAUGGGAGAUGUUUUUUUUAAGGUGCUUUGUAUAAAAGUAACAAUAACGUUUAUUACAAAUGUUGUGUAUAUCUUUGAUAAUCUAAUUUCAACGCUAUUUUGUGAUGAGAGUACAUCUAGGAGAAGCCAAAUGCUAGUAGCGUACUUAUUGGUACUGCACAGGGUCUGAUCUUUGCUUUGUAAAUUGUAACUUUUUCCCCUCAUGGCUCUAAAGUAUGAUAGAUAUUUUUUAGCUUUGUAGAGACUUUGUAUGCAUAUGCUAUUCACUUUCAAAUAA